AUGGCUGCGAGGACAGGGGACGGCGGAGGUGAGACACCCGCGACGGUUCUCGAUGACAAUGCCGGCAUCGUGACGACGGCGGGUCCCCUCGCGGAAUCGUCCACGUCGUCUUCGUCCUCCUCCUCCGCUGCCACCACCGCGGUGCCAACGGUGAUCCUGACGGAGAGUACCGCUACGAGCGCCGGUAGCCUGCCCUUGACGGGAUCGCAACAACAGAGCAAUCUGCAUCAAGUGCACCAACAGCAGCAGCAGCAACAGUCGCGACAGAGAGUCAACCUGAUCGCCGACGUAGUCGUCAAUGAUGCCGCAGGUAACCUCAAUGACUCCGCUUUCAGGGCCUUUGUUGUCACUAAUGUACCGCUUGCCAACCCCCCUGCCACCCCGCUCCUUUCUCUCUUUCCCGGCUUUGCUCUCGCGUCUUUCUUCUCGUUCCCUCACGCCCGGUGCUCUUUCCGUCCCUCCUAUCUCUCUCUCUCUCUCUCCUCCUCUUUCUCUCUCCCGCGUGCUUCAGCUCCUCUGUCGUCUGUUGCAUCUCGCGCGCGCGCAUUGGUACCGCGUGACUUCUCGAGCCACUUCCGAAUUCGCGGCAGCUUCUUUCGCUCCCGUUGAAUAAAGAUCGCGUAGAGAGGCCGGAACACCCUCCCUCCCCCUUCCAGGGCCGAAGGUGCCCGGUACGGGAAGCGGGACGGCCGGUCUAAUCGAAAGGGAGUAUAGGGUUCGCGAUGAGGCGCAAUUCGUUUAAUGCGCCCGCAAAUGUAUGUACCACAUAUUAACCGCGCGCGGUUUCGAUUCCCGCCCGAUCACGUGGACUAGGGCUCGCGGGGUGCCCCGCGUAGAGACAACGGCCCCGCGUUCCUGAUUUAGUGCCGACCCGCGUAGCCGUGCGCGUAGUGGCGCAACAGGCGUUUCGGAGCGAAAUUCCGAAGCCGAGUCGCGCGCGAACCCACCCCUCCCUCCACCCGCCCGUCCGUCCGUCAUCGUCUCGAAUUUAGAACAGACAGCCUUCAAGCAGCCUCUUUAUGAAUGCUGCUGGUUGCAGCGCGCACGCCCCGGCCCUUCGCGGGCGAAAUAGCGGCUCGCCGAAGCGAGAGCCCGGCCGCCUUUAUUCGCAAACCGUUCACUUCUACCCCUUUCCGCUUGCCUCCCCUCUCUCCUCCGCUUUUCCUCGGAGAGUUUUCGUGCUCUUUACAUAUAUCUCCACCUUUCUUCCCGUCUUCCGCCGCGACGCGAGAACUUGCGGGACGGAGCUCUCUUUUCUCUUUCGAGCAAUAUCGCGAUUAACUCCCGUCGCUCUCGGUAUCUCUCUUUUUUUUUCAUUCUAUUCCCCUUUUCGUCACCCGAUGCUCUCUCGCCGACUGUGCGCCGCUAUUUUCCUCUCCUCAUUCACUCGAGACGUAGACUGAACUCCGCGCGAGUCUCCCUUGCAAAAGUUUCCGCCCGGAUGCAACGCCGCUAAAUCGCUUAACCAGAGACAGGACAAAUGGCAGGCCGGUUACGAUUUUUGAUUAAAAAAAAAAUACAGGUGCUAAACAAGGCGCCAAGCACGAGGGAGAACGUCUGAAACUCUGGGCGAUGUCCCUGUCGAAUCCAUGGUGAGAUUAUCAAUAAAUUUGUCGAAGUUUCUGCUUUGAUAUUUGCCCCGUUGUUCCAUUUGUCCCAGUUCACCCGUCCAUUCGUCUCGUCACUUCCGCACCCCCUACUUCAGUUCAGCGGAAUCUAAUUAAUAAUAUUCCAAAUUGUU